GACACUACUGUAAAUCAUGUUUAAACGUAACUGUCAAACUUAAAGAGUCAUUUUUGAGGAGAAAAUCACGUAGUUGCUUGACGUUUUUUGGAAGUGUAAAUACACCACAAUGGCACUUGACUUCGCUGCCGGUUGUUUUGGAGGGUGCGCCGGUCUUGUGGUGGGAUAUCCUUUGGAUACAAUAAAAGUUCAUAUUCAAACGCAAGACAGCAAAAACCCUCGAUUCAGAGGGACAUGGCACUGUUUCCGGUCAAUUCUGGCAAAGGAAUCGAUCACAGGUCUAUACCGCGGAAUGUCCUCCCCAAUGGCAGGUGUGACCUUCAUAAACGCCCUAAUCUUUGGUGCCUACGGUGAAGCUCAGCGUCAGUCCUCAAAUCCGGACGACCUCUCCACCCACUUCCUGGCAGGUGCUGCAGCAGGUCUAGCACAGUCUCCCGUAGCAGCUCCCCUAGAACUCGCAAAAAUUCGAAUGCAGUUGCGAUCGACAGGACCCAGCCAGUACUCAGGACCGAUUCAGUGUCUCAAGGACAUCUACAGGGCAGCAGGACUCGCGGGUAUCUUUCGAGGUCUUGGGAUUACAGCACUCCGAGAAGCCCCGGGUUACGGAAUUUAUUUUUUGACGUACGAGGCACUCACAAGGACUGAAUCAACAGUACCAACGUCCACCGGGACAAUGCUCAUCGCUGGUGGUCUUGCUGGGACAGCCUCGUGGAUCUUCACUUAUCCAAUUGAUGUUAUAAAGUCUAGACUCCAGGCGGACGUUCAUGGAAAAUUCCUGGGGAGUAUCGAUUGCCUGAAGAAGUCUGUCAGAGACGAGGGCAUCUCCUGCCUCUUCAAGGGCCUCAACUCUACCAUCCUUCGGGCCUUUCCAACAAAUGCAGCAACUUUUGCUGUUGUCCAUUGGACCUUCAGACUGUGCGGUCAGGAGGACGGACACAAGAAGGAGGAGAGUGUGGGCCUGGGGAUCAGCGUCGUCCAGGAGACACAGGAGAGUGUCAGCAAUAAAUGGAACACUUUUGUUAAUAUGUGGACUGGUGAUGCCUAUGCUAAUUCGUUCUUCCUGGCGAUUGCCAGAGGUAAUUCUGCUGCUGUUGCUGAGGAAGGCGGCGGCGGGGGAAAGGGUGGCAUUGUCGAGUCGGAUAGUGCUUCUUAGUGAGGCCUCUUUACGGUGAUCUAUUUAUGUGCGAAUGUCUUUUUGUAAUAAAAAUUGUGCUGAGAUUAAA